UUUUUUUCAAGGACCAUUAUCGGAACCCGCCUAGGACAACUGUCGCGGUACCACAUUGUAAAAUGUGCUUACCAACUACUGCUCCUCGAAGCUUACCUGGUUGCCCAACCAGAAACUACAAUAAAUCCAGGAAGAAAAAUGCAUCUUCACAUGAAAAAGAAAAACUCAAAGUUGAUAAUCAAUCAUACAACCCUUCACUACCUUCAGAUUAUAAUCCUAUCAUCUCUAAAAACGGUGAUCUUCAAGUCAAAUCAGAGAAUAAUUCAAAGGGAAAGCAAACUUAUGAGCGUCGUGAGAAGUCGCGUAUUGCAGCUAGGCAGAGAAGACAUCGUGAAAAUCAGGCGCUAGUCGAAUUGUACUUAACACUACCGAUCCAACAAAAUCUGGCUGCCGAUGUCCUCAAGAAUAAGUGUCACAAGGUUGGACAGUUGGGAGAAGAUAACCCCGGGCAAAUAUUAAACGGUCUAACAGAAUCUGGUUCAUUAUUAAAUACCAUUGGAGAGCUUGAUUUCGCCCCGACUUAUCGUCUUGCUACAACUAUAUUUAGACAACACAGCUUGUCCACACCAGUGCUAGAAAAAGCUGUUAUUGUGCGCAUAGCCAGCAAUUCCUUAUGUUUGUAUAACUGGCUUUAUCCUUCGUCUGAACCGGAUUCAAAUAUCAAGCCACAAGAUAAAUUACCAUUAGUAGGCUAUCACCCAACCGAAUCGGAUUCGUCAUCAUCAUCUGUUACUUGUACGGAGAUGUCAGAUUGUUGUAAUAAUACCACUGCUACUACUAAUACUACUACUAGCAGUGGUGGUACCGUUGUUGGUAUACAUAUUCCUCUAACUACUAGUAGCACUCCUGUUUUUCCAAAAUCAGUAUUGAGUGUACACUCAAAAUGUCUGGUUGCUAUAAUUGUUGAUGCUACGCAUAAUAUCAUUAUUUAUGCUCCACCAGCAUACACUGAACUAAUUGGUUUAUCGUGGGUCACUACAAUCGGUUUAAAAUUGAACGAAUUAAUUUCUCGGCAAGUAUCGAUAGGGGUUUCAUCAGAAUUAAGGAGUCAUAACUGUUGCCAUUAUCUUCGCAAUUUGCAGUAUGGUAAAUACAGUUCUGUUGAAAAUAUGAUCACAAAUCCUAAACAAAAGUCAGUACAGUCUGAACUUGGUGAUAUGGAAUAUGGUGAAUAUGACCCAAUAGCAAUAUCUAACCACACACUCAAAUCAACACAGAUUCAUCAACAAUUUGAACAGCCUUUGUCGUGUGAAAUGAUUUGGCCAUCAUCCUGUGGAAUAACCGAUCGGCCAUUGUGUCUCAGUUCUGUUUUACCGAAACCAACAUCAGUAUCUCCAUCACAUAUAGAAUGCUCAGAACACUCGAACGAUGAAAUAAAUCCAGGAGGUGUACAAAGUUUUCAAGAUCCUUCUAUUACAAAUACAUCAAUUUCUAAACACAUCGCGGAACAGUACGUAUUAUGUUGGAAUAGUUCAAAUUUAUGUAUAAGAAAUAAAUUUUCAAAACAUGGAGAUUUCACUCUAGAUAUCGGCUGUGGUUCAUCGUCGUCGUCAUCAUCAUCAUCAUCCCCAUCACCAUUUUCAAAUAAUCAUAUAAAUUGCCAGCAAACCAAUAACUUUUCUUUUAAUCCGAAUCAUAACAUCAACAAUAGAACUGAUAUUGGAUAUUGUAAUACAAAUGACAUAUUGUUACACAAUAACAAUGAUUCAAAUAAUAAUUCUAGUAAUAAUGGUUGCGGCAGUGAAGCUGAUUCUUCAUUUAAACCAAAUCGAGCAAAUGAUGUAAAUCUUCGUAUAUAUUUAUUACAACCUAUUCAUUUAUCAAAUAUUAACAAUAAUAUGCAUAAUUAUGUCAAUAAAGAAUAUCAUGAAUCAUGUUUUACUGAUGAUAACCAUAUUAUUAAUUGUAGUAAUAUCCAUAAUAAUUCAGAUCGUAAUAAUAACAAUACUAUGAAUGGCAAUAAUAUUAAUUAUAAUAAAAACAAGAAUAACGAUUAUGAUUUCACUAGGAAUUCAUCAUUUUCAAUAAUUGAUGAAAAUAGAAGUAAUACUGUACAGAAAAGUAAUACAUUGGUAAAGUUUAUCAAUAAAAAUAAUAAUUCAUGUUGCACAGGCUUAUCAAAUUCAUGUAAAACAUGUCAUUCAACUAAAAAUCUACAAUUUAUAGAUAUUGCUAAUGAUUUCUUAACCCAGUCGGGUUAUACAAAAGUCGACCUUUUAAAUAAAUGUUUAUUCGAUCUGAUACAUAUCGAUGAUUUGGUGCAUAUAUCUGAAGCUAUAAAUAUAGUCAAUGAAAAUCAACCGGUAGUCACUUCAUUUUAUCGAUUACGAUUAAAAUGUGGGAAAUAUUGUUGGGCUCGUAUGUUAAUUUUUUAUUGUAAACAAUCAUAUUAUCGUUUGUCAAACUCACCGUCAAUAUUUACAAAUAAUCGACCAAAUAAUUAUCAAUAUCCAAUCACUGAAAUAUCAGAUUAUUAUUUGAAUUUUAAUGAAAAUUGUAUGACAAAAAUGGACAAAAAUUUUUCAUCAUCUCAAUUAGGAAAUUUUGAUGAAUUGAAUUCUUUUGAUAAAUGUACAUCUUCAGAAAUACUGAUCUGUUGUCAUCAAUUAUCGCAUUUCUAUCAUUGCAAUGAUUUAUCGGAAAGUUCAUUGACUAUUGAAAAAGAGACAUCCAAUCGUCUCAAUGUUGUCAAGCAACCUCAAUCCGAACUAAUUAACUAUGAACAUUUACAUGGAUAUAAUGAUUCUACGUCUGAUUCAUCAAUAUAUACAUCUCAAUUAUUAAAAACAACACUAACUGGUCAACAAAACCUCGUGACAAAGCCUGAUAAUAACAGUAAUCAAAUGAAAUGCGAGUAUGGAACUACUAAUUUUGUAUCCGAUUCAUAUGAAUCACAAUACAUCUCGGUUCCAGCAUCAUCUUAUGUUCAAGGCUAUCCUAUAUUCCCGUCAGAUGAACCAAAUCAAUUGGAUGCAUUGAUUCCAUCAUCUUCACCAUCUAAUGCAAAGGAAAUAUCUUCUGGACUAUCAUUUAAUUCAUCCAUUUCUUUAUCUCCCUCUCAACAUUUUCAAAGUUAUGCUACUACAUCAAGAGAAAAGGACAUACGUAUUGCAAAUGAUCAAGAAGUUUUCACUUUAAGUACAAUCGGACUAAAAACGAAAUCAGAUGAACAUCAUUUGUUCAAUCAUUCUGAACAUUCUGUUGUCGCUAAUCUUAAUAAUACUAGUUCUGAUUCAAUGAAGAAAAAUAUUACAAAUUUAUCUUGUUCAACGACUAAAUUGUGUACCCAUAGUCCGUCUUUACUUCAAGAUGUAAUUUAUAAUAAGUUUGGUAAUUCAUGUUCAACAAAUACAACUGAUUCUAUAAUGAAUCCUGUAGUUAGUUGUAAUGUGGGAUCACAGUCCACAAGUCAAGCAUUCAAACAAAUUUUACCCAAUAAACUGUUCAGUUCUUCUGAGCAAUGUGAAUAUCAGAGGGAUCCAUCUAACCAAAAUCUACUCAAUAAUAUAAAAAUGUCUGAAUUUUCAGAUCACAGUCAUUAUCAUCCGUACGCAAAUUGUCAUGGCCGCUGUUUCAAUAACUCAAAUUCACAUCGUUUUGUCCAAAAGCCACAUAUCGAAUCAAGUAAUACUUCCGUGAAUAUUUUUGAUUAUUCGGCAAAGGGUUACAGGCCAACAUUUCUUCCACAGGCUCAUAUUUUUCCAGUAAUUAAUGAUGUUGUCCAUACAGAAUUCGACGAUGUGUAUCUUAUUCCUCAUAAAAAGCCUCGUUUAUAUCCACCAAUUAACAAUAAAGAUACAAAUGAAUUCAAUCCGAUCUCUGAUGAUCUCAAUCAUUCUAAUGAACCAUUCAAUCAUAUGAUAAAUGGAUUACAAUUCAAAAAUUUUAUAAAUAAUCGUUAUUUUUCUACAGUUAAUAAUGACCAACAUCACUUCUAUAAGCAUGUAUAUGAUUAUACGGAUAAUCAUAUUGAUAACGAUAAUUAUGAUGAGGAUGAUGAUGAUUUCAUUGAUUACGGUAAAAAUUAUAUGUUUCAAAAUUCUAAUAGAUUUCAAUGUUACGACAAUUAUGAAUUAUUAAGUCUUGAUCCACAAUAUUAUCAUCAAAAUAGUCAAUAUCAUCUUGAUUAUCAACAACAACAACAACAGCAGCAACAGUCUCAACCAUUAUUAUUACAUCAUCACCAUCAACAGUCGUAUACAUUUGACAAUUUCACUAAUAAUAGUGCAUUGAUCUAUUGAACCAAAUCGAAAAAGCGUUGAUAAUGAUGAUUACUAUGUUAUCUACUAAAUGUGUUUGUAUGCUUGCUUGUAUCUGUAUGUGUGCGUGUUACCAGUAAGUACUGUUGGCACUUUUAUUUGGUUAUUCUCAUUCUUCUUACUGUUUUUGUUUCUGGUUUUGUCUUUCAUGCUUUCUUUCUUUGGCUUAUUAUUUUGCAAACAGUUUUUUGUUUUGUUUUUAUAUUUUUGUUAGGAAACUUUAUUGCCUAGUCCCAUCCCACCUUGCAUACGCAUACACUUGUUUGUGUUUAUUAUCCAUUACUGAGAUUAUACAACGAUCAAUGUCAUUAUUUUAUCUUUUAUUUAUGUAUUGAUUGAGUUAGGAAAUCAUGAUUAUUUUAAUAGACUUAUUGUUUUAAUAAUUAUUUUAUUAGUUUUUUGGCCCCCUCUUCAUUCCCCCUGAAAUAUAUCAGAAAAUUAUUAUUACUAUCAUUUUCUUGAUCUGUCAUUUGUGAUUGCUAUGACAUGUGUUUAUUGUUUGUGUUGAUUUCUUUCUUAUGUAUCACUGUUUUGUUUGUAUUUUUCUUUAUCUAUUUUGUUUAUUUAUCUUGUUUUUUUUUAAUUUAAAAGAUAAACCAUUUUGUUUAAUUUCUAUGAUAUUUCUGGCCCAUACAGAAUAAAGCCAACGCAAUUUCGUUCCUGAUAAUAAUAACAAUAAUCAUGAUACAAUGAAAUUUUUUUAAAAACUUUUGAUGCUCUCCUUAUCUUUCUUUUUUUUUCUUAUGUCAUCUCUUAUUUAAGCAAGAAAAGUUCAACAAUUAAGAUAAAUUUGUUUUGUAUUAUCGUUGUUAUUAGCGAACAAUGUCUAUAUGAAAUAGAAUUGUUAAAGGGGAUCAAAGUAGAAUCACACUGUAACUUUAUCUCAAGUAAUAUUGGUUAGACAACACAAUUUUAUAUUGUUCGGUCAUGGAGUAUUAAUUGAUGUUUAUCUAGUGAUCAUCAGUGAUUGUAUUCCAUUGAUCAAUUUACAUUGUGACUUCCCCUUCUAAUCUAGUUCGUCUGAUUUCGCCUGUAGAUUAUGUUUUGAUUUUAACCUGUUGAAGAAAAUCAAGAGGAAGUUCUGAAGCUAGCUUUUGUGCCAGUUUACUGCUUGACAGCUAGGCGUAUCUGCGUUCUCGUGAUUUCAGUACUCUUUAAUACAAUACGAUAAGCGCUAAGGAUAUAGCAUUAUUUAAUUUGUUCAGUGAUAAAUCAGUUGAAAAUCACCUAUCUUAUAGAAGGUUAGUCGUGACCCGAAUGCUAGAUUACUGUGAUCUCUGGAUGGCUCCCAUUCUAAUAUCACGAGGAGCAUCGUCUUCCUCAAGAUUUUAGAUACACUUUGCCUACAAGUUCCCACUAGCAGGAAAUUCAGUUCCAAAUGUUCCUGUCACUUGCCUCCAGCCAUAUAACAAAUAAAAUUUCUUGUUAUGAAAUCCGAAAAUUUCUUAUUACAACAUUUUUGUCUUAGACGAUAAUGGAAAAAUAUUUAUUGGUAGUAUAUUUUGUUGUGCAUGGUUAUUGAUAUUCGUUAGAUAUUAUGAAUACACUCCUUAUUCAUGUAUAAUAAUUUUAACUAAUACAUUGUAAAUGCUACAUCACUUAUCUGAGUAACAUUAUACAGUUUUUGGAGUAAGAAUUUGAAUUAUAUAGUGUGUCUGAUAGAUGGUGAUAGUAUGUGACUGGUCAUAUCAUCAUAUGUGAGAUCGUGUUCGAACUCAGAACAACAGAUGAACGUUACAUUUCUCAACCAAUGAAUCACAAUUCCACUAUCGUUCAGAUUCUCCUACCUAUCAGAAUCAUAGAAAAUGGACUAUUCAUAAAGAAAUAUCUAAUAUGUUAAUAAAAAUAAUUUCAGUUGACAUAAAACAAUUAUAAAUGCCUAUCAAUAUCUUCAUGAUGUCAUAAUCUUGAAUCAUUUCAAUGUGUACUGUAUCUCAUCACUGUGUAAGAACUAGCCGAAUUUUGCAGUGCAGCACACUAGCUUUAUAGCACAUAAUUGUCAUGGAUACUAGUUUCACACAUUAACCCUACAAGAUAUUAUCCCUUAGUUUAUCUGCAGCAAAUAAUUUUUUUGGGAUUAUCUUGAAACUCUUGUUACUUUAGUAUCCAUGUAUUUCAUUUUUAUUAAGUAAUAUUACUAGCAUUAAUCGAGUAUAUUCAUUAGUAAUAUCACUAUGAUUUACAACCAGUCGUAUGUUCAAUAUAUGAAAGCCUUUUUCUACUGAUAUUAACAAUAAGUGAAUUUCUAUCUUUACCUGAACAGAAAUUGACUCAGUUUUAAGAUAAUAAUUUUAGGUCAAAUUUGUGUCUCGAACAUUCCCAAUGACAUUUGGCAGUAGAAUAUUUAAAGGAACAACUGAUGUUUCAAUUUCUCAAUCAUCGAUAUUGUUCAUCUCACGCUUCUCUACCAUACUUCUGACAACUGUGCCUCAACCAAAUAUUUGAUAAAAUUCACAGCAAAUCCAGAUAUAUCAAUUCUUUGUGACAUCUAUAGCUUUUCAUUAAAAGCUGAAGAUUAAUGAUCUUUUUUUAAAAAAAAAAAUAACCAUUCUGAAUUUCGUACGUUCACUUCAUAAUUUCACUUAGUUAAAAUGAACAAACUACUUUCGAGUUCAA